AUGGGCCCCUGUACCGCCUCCUCAUGCUGCUGCCAGGCCCGUAAUCUGCCAUGGGCCCCCGUACCGCCUCCUCAUGCUGCUGCCAGGCCCGUAAUCUGUCCCAUGGGCCCCUGUACCGCCUCCUCAUGCUGCUGCCAGGUCCAGAGUGUGUCAUGGGUCCCUGUACGGCCUCCCAUUGCUGCUGUCUCCAUCGCCACACUCUGCCAUGUGCCACUUUCAGGUCUCCUCACACUGCUGGUGGGUUCCAUUUUGUCAUAGGGUGCUGUAUGGCCUCCCAUUGCUGCUGCCUCCACCGCCACACUGUGGCUCCACACUCUGGUUUUGGCCCCGUGACUGCCCAAAUGAGUGAAGUGUGCGUUGAUUCUAAUAUCAACGGCACUCAUCUGCAUGUCAUACUGACUGACAGUAUUAUUUCUCUUCCCCAGCAGACUCCAAGGGCAUUUAAAUUAAAGGUACAGUGUUCUGCACUAAUAUAA